AUGGAGCCGCUCGGCGGGCGGGCGGCGGUGGUGCUCGCUUACUACAACCAACUGCGGUUGGAGAUCCAGGCGCUGGUGGCGGAGAACCAGGAGCUGAUCCAAGCCGUGAGGCUCCUCCGCGGGCAGCAGCGGGCCGCCCGGACGCCCAUGGUCACACCCCCCGUCGCCAGUGCCUCCGAGCGGCAGUUCUUCCCCAACGCAGCGCCCGUCAACGCCUGGCGCCUGGUACCGGAUCAGGGUGUGGUGUUCCAGCACCCGUCCCGGGAGCAGCACGGCGAGCAGGGUGUGUGGAACCGGGUGCUGCUACCCUCGGUGGGCGGCGACUUCGGCGGCGGCAUGCUCGGUAACGUGAGCGGCCAACCGCUGAUACAGACCACCAGCAACCUCGGCAGCCUCAGCGCCGGGCCGAUACCACUGGCUGGCGGCAGCCUCGGCAGCAUCAGUGGCGUGCCGCUAGCACUGGCUGGCGGAGGGAUCGGCGGCAUCAGCGGCGUGCCGGUGGCACAGGGCGGCGGCAGCAGCAGCAUCGGCACCAUCAGCGGCGGGCCAAUACCCCAGGGCGGCGGCAGCUUCGGCAGCACCAGCGGCGGGCCGAUAGCACUGGGUAGCGGCACCCUCGGCACCAUCAGCAGCGAACCGCUCCUCCAGGGCAGCGGCAGCACCCUCAGCAGCAUCGGCGGCGGGCCGAUAGUGCAGGGUGGCGGCAGCUUCGGCAGCAGCAUCAUCGGCGGGCCGAUACUACAGGGAGGCAGCAGCAUCGGCGGCAUCAGCGGUAUCAGCGCUGGACCAGUGGCACAGAGCACCGGACCGGUAGCACUGGGCAGCGGCAGCUUCGGCAGCAGCGGCGGCAGCAUCAUCGGGGGGCCGACGGUACAGGGCGGCGGCAGCGUCGGCAGCAUCAGCGGUAUCAGCGCUGGACCGGUAGCACAGAGCACCGCAAUGACAGCGCAGGGCAGCGGCACCCUCGGUACCAUCAGCAGCCAACCGCUACCCCAGAGUGGCAGCACCCUCGGCAGCGGCGGGCCGACAGCGCAAGGCAGCGGCGGCAUCGGCACCGCCAGUACCGGACCUGUACCACAGGGUAGCGGCAGCAUCGGCACCAUCACCGGCGGACCAAUAACACAGGGCAGCGGCAGCAGAAGCUUCCUGGCAGUGCCAAGCCCCUCUGGCUCCCCCCCGUUAACCUCCCACAGCUUCAGCUCCACCGGCGGCAGUCCCCCCCAGGUGCCACCACAGGAUAACCCCGAGCCACCACAGGACGUCCCAGUGUCACCACGGGACGUCCCGGUGUCACCACAUGAUGUCCCGGUGUCACCACGGGACGUCCCGGCGGAUGUCCCGGUGUCACCACGGGACGUCCCAGUGUCCCCACGGGAUGUCCCGAUGCCACCACAGGACGUCCCAAUGUCACCACAGGAUGGCUCGGUGCCAGCUCCGAACGUGUCAGCGUCGGGGCCGAUGAUGCCAGAGAUGAGCAGCUUUGGGCUGCAGGUGUCGGAUCUCCAGGUCUCGAGCGCCAGGGCGUCCCGUGAUGCCAGCCGAGUGCUGUCUGGCUUGGACCAACCACAGACCUCCACCCCGGGAGGUGCCCAGCAGCAGAUAUGGGAGCAGCUGGUGGGGGAGGUGGCAUUCCAGCUGGACCGCCGCAUCCUGGCACGCGUCUUCCCCGACCGGCCCCGGGUCUAUGGCUUCACCGUCUCCAACAUCCCCGAGAAGAUCGCGGCGGUGAGUUUGGCACAGGGGGAGCAGCUGGGCACGGUGCUCGCCACGCUCCGGAUCAGCCUGGGCGCGGUGCCCGAGGCCGUCGCCGAGCAGUGGGCUUCCGCAGCUAUCUGCCGCUACUUGGGCCUCAUGAGGCAGCUGCGGGUGCUGGGCUACAGCCCCAGCGUGCACCCGGCCUUCGCCGAGUCCCUGGUCAACACCUACGGCAUCCUGGCAGACAGGUCUUUCCCCAACCACGACCUCUCCUUCCUGCGCCAAGUCAUCAUCGACACAGUGCCCGUCGAGGCGCAGGAGAAGGCCUUGCUGCUGCUGCACUGCCUGGACAUGCUGGCAAGGGAUGAUGGGCAGCCACUCUUCUGUUGA